AUGGAUUCGUUCAACAUCACCCACCUCAAGGCAGUGAAAGCAAAGGCAAUCCGAAAGCACCGGAAGAUCGAGAAGAUCACAAACAUGUUCAGGUUGCUGGAAAUCCUGGUGGUUCUGACUGUCGUUUCCAGUUUCUCAGUUCAUCUUCCAAUCGCUGCCAAGAUCUCCAGCGAGUAUUUUAAGGACGCGGCGCUCGCCCUGGCCAGCCCGCGGUUCGUGUUCGUGGUGGGUAACUUGAUAGUAAUAGUCCUCUUCGCCAAGUCCGGUCAGCUUCCGGGACAAGACGGGAAGGAAAAGAGAAGCAAAAAAUCUGAUCUUUAUGAGGAAUUUGUAGAAAUGAGCGGUAAGAUUCCACCACAGCAGCCUUCUUCUGUUGAACAGAGGGCUGAAACAGAGCACAGAAGAAAACAGAGCAAGAGUACAGAGAUCGUGGUUAAGAAAGAGGCUUCUUCCCCUGUUUCUUUAGGGAUUGUGAAGAGCUACGAAAGGAGUCAAUCGGAGAAGCUUGCUACUACUAAAUCGAUUGUGAUCAAGCCCGAAAAGGAACUGAAGCGAUCCGUGACGGAGAAGUUGGUCGACAAGAAGAAGAAGGGCUCGUUUCCAGAGGAUAAUAUGAGCAGCGAAGAGUUCAAGAGUACGAUUGAGGCCUUCAUUGAGAGGCAGAAGAGGUUCCGAAUAGAUGAAGAGGUCUCUGUAUUUGUGGGGUGA